AUGGCUGGAAAAAAGAAGGAAAAAGUAAGAGUAAUUAUAUUAUUUUGUUCAAAUUCAACUGGUUUUCACAAAUUCCACUCAUUAGUUAUUGAUGAUGAUAUAGAUAAACUGGUAUCUGAAUAUAAUUCCAUUGAUGAAAUUGAAGAACUUCAAGAAAUACCACAAGAAAGUUCACAAGGAAGAUCACAAAGAUAUAAUAAUACUAAAGAUAGCAUUCUCAAUUAUUUUUUCAAAUCCUCAAUAUUGUAG